AAACCCCAUUUCCCAAACUGCAUUAUCAAAACCAAAGCAUAACUCUUUAAUCUGUUUUCCUUACUUUUUCCUUCCCUUGUCAUUUUUUCUUUCUCUUCAAAAUGGUUUUCUCUAAAGCAUUGGUUUUGGCACUCUUUCUAGCAAUGAACAUGGCCUUGCCAACCAUUGCAACUGUUUACACUGUAGGAGAUACCUCAGGUUGGGCCACUGGUGGUGAUUAUAGCACUUGGGCUAGUGGCAAGAACUUUGUAGUUGGUGAUAGCCUUGUUUUUAACUACGGAUCCGGGCACACGGUGGACGAGGUGAAAGAAAGCGACUACAAAUCAUGCAGCAUAGGGAAUUCCAUUAGCACAGAUAGCAGUGGCGCCACCACCAUACCUCUCAAGACUUCAGGCACACAUUACUUCAUUUGUAGUGUUCCUGGACACUGUUCUAGUGGAAUGAAGCUUGCAGUUACUGUCAAGGAUGGAAAAUCAUCAUCAUCAUCAUCCACUACUCCUUCUUCUUCUUCUUCUUCUGGGAAGGGUUCACCACCUUCCUCAACAACAGCCACACCAAAAGCCAAUGCAUCUUCUUCAGUGAGUAGGGUCACUCCAAUUGUUGUGUUGAUUGUUUCUUUGAUCUCAUACUGUGUUUUGAAUAUGGUAUGAGUGUGUGAGUGCUUAGAGAUCUAUAGCCAGGUCAGAGGCAGUGCUUUCCAUGGUUACUUUCUUGUUUUCUUGUGUUAUUCAUUGUUAUUCUGUUUUUUGUUUGAUCUAUUCUGGUUUAAUUCUCUGAUUAUAUUGUGAUCUAUUCAGGUUCUUGUAGUGUUAUAGUUAUAUAUAGUAGGAAGUCUUGUUUGUUAUUCUUGUUUAUAGUUUUGGUUUAGUAUAUUGAACAUUACUCCU